GAUCAACACAAAUGCGAUUAAAGGAAUUUCCUAACUCCUUGAUGACAGAAUCAGAAGCUACAAAGCAGAACAACCACUCGCUCUUCUUGCUAGCAAAGAACAUGGUCUAAUCUCUACCACCUUGAGAUUCUUCUUUCCUGAGAAAAGGUGUAUGAAGCUUUCACAUUUGUCCAACCCAGAAGAGAUUACUGAAUCUAUCUCACUAUCAUGGGAAGACUUGAAAACAGCACAAUAGAAAUGCUUAAGAACCAAAUGCUGCAGACCACUUUGCCUGCCCUUUAUUUGUUCAUCUUCGUCAUCAGUAUUCCCCUGAAUUCUAUCUCCUUGUGGUUCCUUUGCCGUUACUCAAGACCUUGGACUCCCAUCAUCAUGUUUUCCAUUAAUCUGACAAUCACGGACUUGCUGUACAGCAUGCUCCUCCCUUUUCAAUUUGUCUACCACUUACGGGGAAAUGACUGGCCCUUUGGACAGGUUCUGUGCCGCAUUGUGACUGUGCUAUUCUAUGCAAACAUGCACUGUUCUGUUUUAACCAUGACAAGCAUCAGCAUAGAACGCUACCUAGGAAUUGUUCACCCGCUCCAGCACAGGGCCAUUAGACCCAUUAGAACAGCUCUCUUGACAUGCAUCAUCAUUUGGAUAUUUGUUUUACUGCUGCACUUCCCACUCAUGAAGACAGAGCUAACCUUCCAGGUACAGGAGUUGCAGAUAACUACUUGCUUUGAUGUAUUACCCAAAAAUAUGUUUCCUUCAAGAAAUGGUUUCAUCGCUUAUUUUGGCUCUCAAGUUCUCCUAUGCUUUCUCCUACCUUUGCUAGUUAUGGCAUUCUGCUACACCUCAGUCAUUCGAGCUCUUCUUAAUGCCCCUCCUGAUCAAUUAAAAGAAAUUAAGAAUCAGACAAUUUAUUUGAUAGUUGUGUUGCUUACAGUCUUUGUACUGUGUUAUGUGCCCAAUAUUGUGAUAUCAAUCAUCCAUUUUGUCUAUACUACCCAAAAUAAGACUGUUUAUGUGGAAUAUAAGCUGUCUCUGGCUUUGAAUAGCCUUAAUUGCUGCUUCGAUCCACUUGUUUAUUUUUUUGGUUCCAAAGAGUUUCGACGAAAGAUACAGAAGAAGCUCUGCAGAUGCAUACCUGAUAUAUUCAGUGAAAGUCCCACUGUCUUUUCAGAGCAAGAUUUGCCAUUAACAGCCAGAGAACAUGCACUAAAUCAUUAAAAAUGUAUUUGACCUGGAACAGAUUUUGUUAGUCAAUGCUUCAAACCAUCGUCCAGAAAGUUUAGAAGUUGUUUUAUUUAAGAACAUACAAUAUCAAAAGAUAAAGAAAAAUACACCAGGCAAUAUAUUACCACAAUUUAUUGAAGCUUAUUUUGGACACAAACUGAGCACUCAGGAAGACUCAGCAUGCAUGGGAAAAGACACAUCUUUUAGCUUGCUAAAAGCAGUGCAUUAUGGAACAUCAAUUACUAUAAAUUAGGAAUACAAAAAAUAUUUCACUGCCAGGUACAUGCAUUCCCUUCGAAUAUGUCUCUGGAACAAUUUCUAAAACCUGUUUCCCAGAUCAGCACUUCUAAUUUAAAUAAUUGACAGAAAUAAAAUGAACACACCGCAUUUCUGAGGAGAAGAGGAGUAUCUGAGCUAAAAUGAUACACAUCCCUUGACACAGAAGUAAGCAAAAACUGGUGAUUAGCAUUUGUAACAGGGGAAAGCAGAAAUACAGGGUUUAAUCUAUUCAUGCACAUUUGAUGUCCUCUUUAUUAUUGGUAUUUAAUAGCAUAUUCACUCUAGA